CUAAUGAAUAAAAUUAACGUUAAAAUGUCUCCCUCUACAGGAUGUCUGGUACAAAGAUUCUGCUGUUCCUGCAGAGUCUGUCCCGCAGGAAACCUCUGGAGCCCGAGGGGGAGGUGUCCAACCUACGGCGCUGCCUCACCACCCUCGACCUGGUGGCCCUGGGGGUGGGCAGCACGCUGGGGGCCGGUGUGUAUGUGCUGACCGGAGAAGUGGCCCGGACCGUGGCGGGGCCCAGUAUCAUCAUCUCCUUCCUGAUUGCGGCCGUGGCUUCGAUAUUUGCGGGACUGUGUUACGCAGAGUUCGGGGCACGCGUUCCCAAGACGGGCUCGGCUUAUCUGUACAGCUACGUGACCGUGGGGGAGAUAUGGGCCUUCAUCACGGGCUGGAACCUGCUGCUGUCCUACGUCAUAGGGACAUCGAGCGUAGCCAGAGCGUGGAGCGGGACUUUCGAUGAACUUAUCGGAAAUGUCAUGUCAACCUCCCUGGGCAGACGGGCUCCGAUGGCUCUACCAGGAUUAGCUCCCUUCCCAGACUUCUUUGCAGCCGGCCUCAUAUUGCUCUUGGCAGGUAUCCUGGCAUUUGGUGCCAAAGAGUCAGCCAUCGUGAAUAAGAUUUUCACGGCCGUGAACAUCCUGGUGCUGGUUUUCGUCAUCCUCUCUGGCUUCAUUAAGGGGGACAUUGACAACUGGUCCAUCGGUGAAGAGUCACUCCUCCAAGCAUAUGUAAACCAAACGUCACUGAAUGAAACGGCCACAUUUGGCAGCGGAGGUUUUUUCCCUUUUGGAUUCGAGGGGACGUUAGCAGGAGCAGCCACGUGUUUUUAUGCAUUCGUUGGGUUUGACUGCAUCGCUACGACAGGGGAAGAGGUUCAAAACCCUCAGAAGUCGAUCCCACUCGGCAUCGUGGCCUCACUCCUCAUCUGCUUCUUGGCCUAUUUCGGUGUCUCUGCUGCACUGACGCUGAUGAUGCCUUACUAUUUGCUCAGUGCUCACAGUCCGCUGCCUGUAGCCUUCACGUACAUCGGUUGGUCCGCAGCAAAGUACGCAGUGGCUGUGGGAUCCCUGUGUGCUCUGUCCACCAGCCUUCUGGGAUCAAUGUUCCCGAUGCCUCGUGUUGUCUAUGCCAUGGCCAGGGACGGACUCCUCUUCAAACCCCUCAGUAAAAUCAGUGACCGACAGAGUCCUGUCAUAGCUACCCUGGCCUCAGGGGUCGCUGCAGCGAUCAUGGCGCUGCUGUUUGACCUGAAGGCGUUGGUGGACAUGAUGUCCAUUGGAACUCUGUUUGCCUACACACUUGUCGCAAUCUGUAUUCUCCUACUCAGAUACCAAGAAGAGCUCACAGAUGAGUCCAGCAGAACAGAGCCGUUCAGAUUAAGAGAACUCUAUUUUCCUCCUCCACAAGCCACCGCGCGCACUUCAAAAAACGUCUGCACUUUAGCGGUUUUCUCCGUCUUUUUGUCUGUCAUCCUGAGUCUCCUCAUCUCCCGGGCUGGAGACUCCCUGCAUGCACUGCAGUGGUGGAGCUUGGUCUGUGUCUCUGUGACUGUUCUGACUCUGGGCCUGAUCGUGUUAAUCGUCUGGAGACAACCUCAAAACACCGCAACUGCUGCGUUCAUGGUGCCUUUGGUGCCGUGGCUUCCCAUUCUCAGCACCAUCAUCAACGUCUACCUCAUGGUUCAGCUUGGAUCAGACACGUGGGUCCGUUAUGCUGUGUGGAUGGCCGUCGGUUUGAUGAUCUACUUCUGUUACGGCGUUCAUCACAGCGUGCAAAAACAAAGGCUUGAGAAUUCCCAAAACCAAGGCGGUGACGGAGAAGUGUUUCAUGAACAACAAAUGAUGGACAUGAAGACAUAGUAGUAGUGGUCACAUGACAAACGCAGACAAAAUGUGACCAUCUUCACAGUGACCUCAAGAGUGACCUCUAACUUUUAAUGAAAUCAUUAUUUGUACUUUUUUAUUUUUAAUAAAUAAUGA